AUGGAUGCCUUCCCGGAAGCCACACCUGGGACCUCGGGUCGAAGCGAUCAGGAAGCCCUCAAGAUCGCACUCAUCAACGAGAAGUCUUCUCCCGAGAUCCUAAUGUUCCAGGAAGACCUUGUGUCGCGCAUCGAGGCCCAAAUCGACUACCAAGAAGAGCAGAUCGAGCUCAUGCGAGGCAACCAGGACCUAGAGCUCUUGCGGACCAUAUUCACGACAGAGCUCGCCAGGGUACGGUACCUGCUCCGCUGCUACUACCGGGUGCGGCUGCACAAGAUCGAGGAGUAUGCCAUGCACAUCUUGGACACCGCGGAGGUCAAGGAGCGGCUGUCGGACCGGGAGGACGCCCAUGCCCAGGAGUUCUUCAUGCUGCAGGGCACCCACCUCAAGAUGGCAGUGGGGCGGCAGCUCCCCGAAGCCUUCUCCUCGCUGGUGCGCCAGGCGGCGGCCCACCCGGAGAAGGACAUGGUGCCGCGCCCCGACCUGGACAAGCAUGUCUUUUGCCGUGUGCUGGAGGACAGAGGUCAAGUGCCGGUGGACGACGCCGGGAACACAGCCCAAUUCAACAAGGACGACGUGUUUGUCAUCCGGUACCAGCCGCUGCAGCCACUCCUGGCGGAGGGCUCCGUGUGCCUGCUGUGA